UGGAAUCAGCAUCUAAGUUUACAUUCUCUUGUUAAUGGUUAUAAAAAGCCAUGUUCCUCAAACUACAAAGUUCACCGCUUCUUUUGGCUUACCAGUCUUUUGUCUUCUCAGGUGAUUUUGAGAAAUACGCUUAAGGAAAAAGAUGAGUUGGAAUGGAGGAGAUUGGCUAUGCGGUGCGUGUCAGCACCCAAACUUCAAAAAACGAGAGUCAUGCCAAAAAUGCGGAUACCCCAAGUUUGGUGGGGUAGAUGUGUCAACGUACUUGUAUAACAGGACUGAAGUUAUGGCUGGUGAUUGGUAUUGUGGUGCAUUGAAUUGUGGGAGCCACAAUUAUGCAAGCCGCACUAGUUGCUACCGAUGUGGAAUGAUCAAAGUCGAGUACACAGAACAGUACUACGGAGCUCAAAUGGUUGCUUACGGGAAUGAUGGCGCGGCUUGUCCUCCCGGCUGGAAAACUGGCGAUUGGGUUUGUCCCAGGGUCGGUUGUGGGGUUCACAACUACGCAAGCAGGGCAGAAUGCUUCAAAUGCAAGACAACAAGAGAUUAUGGUGGCGUCUAGAUGGAAGAGAAAAGAGCUGAUGAAGAAUCACUUGUUUUAAUUGUAUACCUUACAACAAGUGUUAAAGUUUCUAACAUGCAUUGACGCCUACUUACGCUGGCUUGAAAUUUUUCGAAACUCGUGCAGAUUAACGUUAAAUUGCAAUUAUAUGAUGAAGACGUCAAUGAGGCUAGCUAAAAAAAAAAGUCCGAAAAAAUAAAUCGAUACACGCAAAUUAUUGAAGAGACGUUUUUCUUUAUAUAUUUAUACCAUCUCUAAAAAAUGGUUACUUUUAGAAAAUUCAACGUAUUUGCAAAUACGGAAGUCAAAUACUUCUCUAUUGAUCUACUAUUUGUUUGUUUGUGUGUUUUUUUCUUUUCUUUUUGGAGUUCUUUAAUUUUAAGAAAAGAAUUAACCUCCCAA